ACUAGGAACAACAACAAAUUCAUAAAUCAUAAUUUAUUAUUUUAAUGAAUUAUUUAUAAAUACCUAGUGUGUACAUUAUUAUAUAUUUAUGUAAUAUUAAUUAAGAAAUGUUCUUAUACAUUAUAUUUUAAAGAAUGUCCCAAACAAGUUAUGAAGGAGUUAUUAAUUCUAUGAAUAAAUCGUUGGUAUCAGUUAAAUGGCGAGAUAAUGACUUAGACGAUAUUAAAUCAGAAAUUGAAGAAGACUUGAUGAAUGAAUUGCCCCUUUCAUCGAUAGGAGAUGUGUGCGUUCCUUUUGCGAGCAAUCGUAAUCAUCUAAAAUCUGAAACUUCCGUAAUAAAUGAUAACUGCCAAAAUGAAUUUAAUUGUUAUCAAUCAAAUCAAUUUAAUUUAGUUAAUUACAACAAAAGUAAAAAUGGAAAAACUGGGAUUGAAUGGAAUUGUGACUCUAGCGAUCUCAAUUCAGGAUUCGAAGAUUUCUCACAGAGUAAACUAUCCAUUUCAUCAAUUGGAAAUGUUUGUAACCUGUAUGUGAGCAAUCGUGUUCCUCUAAAAAUUGAACCUUCAAUAGUUAAUGAUAACUGCCAAAAAGAAAUUAAUUGUUAUCAACUAAAUCAACUAAAUUUUGUUAAUUAUAAGGAAACCAAAAAUGAGAAAAUUGUAAAUGAAUGCAGUUUUGAAUCUGACGAUAUUGAAGAUUUCCCAGAAAAUGAAUUGCCUCUUUCAUCAAUAGGAGCUGUAUGUAUUCCAUUUGUCAACAAACAAAUAGCUGUUAAGAUUAAUACCUUAACUAUUAAUGAUCAUUAUAAAAGUGAGAUCAGUAAAAACGAAACAAUCGUAAAAGAGUAUAAGUGUGAUGUUUGUGAUAAAAUUUUCAAAAGGCGAUCUCGAAUAAUUAAGCAUUUUAAAACCAGUCUGUGCUUUCCAGAUAGCCCUAAUUAUUCUAAACUGCAAAAAUCCAAGCAUAAUGGGAUUAAACCACAUAUUAAUACCAAUUUUACUUUUAAACAAGGAAAAACUAAAAACUGUUUAACUGAUAGUAUUAAUAGUCAUAUCGAUGACCAAAUAAAAACAUACUCUCAAUCAGUCAACAGCGAAUCGAAGAGGAGUAGUACAGAAAAUAAUAUUGAUAAUUACUGUGACAAAUAUAUAAAUAAAAAUACAACAUUUACAAAAGGACGUUGUACCAAAGUGAAUUGUAAUCCACAUUGUUUAAAGGCGUGUCAAGCUAAACCAUUCAAAUGCAAUCAAUGUAUGAAAACUUAUUCUAAUUUUAGUACUUUAAAAAAACAUUUUUUAAACCACGAAAGAGGACCGUUUAAUUGUAAAUUUUGUGACAAACAGUUUUAUUUUAACUGUAGUCUAACUAGGCACGUUGAAAGGAAACACAGGAUUUCUAAAAAUUACUUAUGUUCUGAAUGUUUAAAAGUGUUUUAUAAACGUUCUGAUAUUAAACAACACAUUUUUAAGAAACAUAUAAAACGCUCUGAAAAUAGUUUACAAUAUAGUUGUAAUAUUUGCUCAACUACCUAUGGAUCAUCACAAGAGUUAAGUCUACAUAAGAAAAACCAUUUGCAAAAAAAUUAUUACAAGUGUGAUGUUUGCCCUAAAUCAUUUGUAUCAUCUUAUCGUCUAUAUCAACAUUAUCAAUGGCAUCUUGGUAUAAAUAGCUUUAAAUGUCAAUAUUGUGUUAAAACUUUUUCAAUAUUUUCAUCAUAUGUAUCUCAUGAGCGAAUUCAUACAGAAGUAAAACCAUAUAAAUGUAACAUUUGCAAUAAGCGCUUUACAGUAUUGUCAAACUUGAGUACUCAUUCAAGAACUCAUAGUGGAUUAAAGCCAUUUGAAUGUGAUAUAUGUAAAGAAAAAUUUACUCAAAUGUCAACACUAGUGGCUCAUAAGAGAGUACACACAAAAGAAAAACCAUUCAAGUGCAAAAGUUGCAACAAAUCAUUUUGUCAAUCAUACACUUUAAAAGUACAUCAGAGAAGACAUACUGGUGAAAAGCCAUUUAUAUGUAAUAUUUGUAAAAAAUCAUUUAUCCAACAAUCAACUUUAAACGCACAUUCAAGAACUCAUACUGGUAAUAAAUCUUAUAAAUGUGAUAUGUGCAACAAAAAGUUCACUCAAUUUUCAUCGUUAAAAGAACAUAAACGGGUACAUACAGAUGAAGCUCGUUUUGAGUGCAAUUAUUGUCAUUUGACAUUUUCCAACUGGAAAGUUUCAAUUGCACACAAGAGAUUACAUAACGGUAGCACAACAUUCGAAUGUAUAACCUGCCAAAAAAUAUUUAACGACCAAUCUUUAUUAAAGAGGCAUGAAAAAGUCCAUAAAGAGCGAAAGCCUUUUAAAUGCAACGUUUGUAAAUUAACUUAUGCAAAUCCUAUCAAUUUUCAAAAUCACACCAAAAUUCAUUAUGAAGCCAAAGAAUUGCCAAGUUUAAAAAGUGAAAAUAAUAUGAAUGAUACAUUUCAAUUGCAAGUGAAUAAAGAGUUUAAAUGUGAUCUUUGUAAUAAUAUUUUCUACACACAAUCUCAAAUUGUUACUCAUAUUCUAUCAAUUCAUUAUUAAAUUAUUCAAAAAGAAAUCACAAAAGUGAAUGGGAUAUGGUGGAAUUAUAUGGUAACCUAUAUUGUAGCAUACUUUAUAAAUUCUUGAGCUAUACGAGAAAAAAGUAUCUACAAUCUACCUUAUUCUCUAGUAGACUUGGAGAAUAUGAAGAAUGUUUUGACAAUUUGAUGAUUGACAAAAUUAUUUAGUUAUUUUAGUUAUGUUAUACCUAUUUAUGAGUUUGUUAUUGUUAUAAUUAACAAUUAAAAAUUAAUUUAUAUUUAUUAACUGAUACCUAGUCAUUCGUUAAUUAACUAUUUUCAUAAGAAAAAAUGUGUUAAUAUUGAAAUUUGUUAAAUUUAAUCUGUGCAAUGUUUUU